UGGUCAUCACAGCUGCUGUUCUUCACAAUGCUCUUAACACCGUUAGCCCAUGCUUUCAGCCGUGCCCCGGUCCCCAUGGCUGUGGUCCGAAGGGAACUGUCCUGUGAGAGUUACCCCAUAGAGCUUCGCUGCCCGGGAACAGAUGUUAUCAUGAUUGAAAGUGCCAACUAUGGGAGGACUGAUGAUAAAAUCUGUGACUCUGAUCCUGCUCAGAUGGAGAAUAUCCGCUGUUAUCUGCCAGAUGCCUAUAAGAUUAUGACUCAAAGAUGCAGUAAUCGGACCCAAUGUGCCGUUGUGGCCGGCCCUGAUGUGUUUCCAGACCCUUGCCCUGGGACGUACAAAUACCUGGAGGUUCAGUAUGAAUGUGUCCCUUACAAAGUGGAGCAAAAAGUUUUCCUUUGCCCUGGACUGCUAAAAGGAGUAUACCAGAGCGAACACCUGUUUGAAUCCGACCACCAGUCUGGUGCCUGGUGCAAAGACCCGCUGCAGGCGUCUGACAAGAUCUACUACAUGCCCUGGACACCUUAUCGAACAGACACACUGACAGAGUACUCCUCCAAGGAUGACUUCAUCGCUGGGAGGCCAACCACGACCUACAAACUCCCGCACCGAGUGGACGGCACAGGGUUUGUGGUGUACGAUGGGGCUUUGUUCUUCAACAAGGAGCGAACCCGAAAUAUAGUCAAGUUUGACUUGCGGACAAGGAUAAAAAGCGGGGAGGCUAUCAUAGCUAAUGCAAAUUACCAUGACACCUCUCCCUACCGCUGGGGAGGCAAGUCUGAUAUAGACCUGGCCGUGGAUGAGAAUGGGCUAUGGGUAAUCUAUGCAACAGAACAAAAUAAUGGCAAAAUAGUCAUUAGCCAGUUAAACCCUUAUACAUUAAGGAUUGAAGGGACGUGGGAUACUGCCUAUGACAAGAGGUCAGCUUCUAACGCUUUUAUGAUCUGUGGGAUUUUAUAUGUGGUCAAGUCUGUGUAUGAAGAUGAUGACAAUGAAGCCACGGGGAAUAAAAUAGACUACAUAUAUAACACUGACCAAAGCAAGGAUAGCAUGGUGGAUGUGCCCUUUCCAAACUCCUAUCAGUACAUUGCUGCUGUGGAUUAUAAUCCCCGGGACAACCUUCUCUACGUAUGGAACAACUAUCACGUAGUGAAGUAUUCCUUGGAUUUUGGCCCACUGGACAGCAGAACAGGGCAGGCUCACCAUGGGCAGGUUUCCUAUAUUGCCCCACCAAUCCACCUCGAUUCGGAUCUGGAGCGACCACCAUCUAAGGGGGUAUCAACAUCAGGGGCACUGGGCCCGGUGAGCACCACUGCCAGCACCACACCACGAAUGGCCACCAGCAGCACUGGCCGCCCCACCACCACCUCAGCUUUGGGUAGGAGGAACAGGAGCACCAGCAUGCCCUCACCCAUGGCUGAUGUUCCUGAUGAGAUGACCACGCACCUCCCACCCGCCUCCUCCCAGCUGCCCCCAGCUGGUGCCGAGAGCUGCGACCCUAUGGAAGCCCGUGAUAUUAUGUGGUCUCGGACCCGGCAGGGACAAAUGGCAAAGCAACCAUGUCCCAUGGGCUCGAUAGGUGUUGCAACUUUCCGGUGUCUUGCACCAGAUGGAAUCUGGGAGCCCCAGGGACCAGAUCUCAGCAACUGCUCUUCUCCCUGGAUCAACCACAUCACUCAGAAGAUGAAGUCAGGAGAGAUGGCUGCCAAUAUUGCCCGAGAGCUUGCAGAGCACACCAGAAACCACUUGUAUGCUGGUGACAUCACGUAUUCUGUGUCUGCCAUGGUUCAGCUGGUGAACCUGCUUGAUGUGCAGCUCCGAAACCUGACGCCAGGUGGGAAGGACAGUGCUGCACGCAGCUUGAAUAAGCUUCAGAAAAGGGAGCGCUCUUGCAGGGCCUAUGUCCAGGCCAUGGUGGAAACGGUGAACAACCUCCUGCAGCCGCAGGCUCUGAAUGCCUGGAGGGACCUGAAUGCAAGUGAACAGCAACGUGCAGCCACCAAAUUGCUUGACACUGUGGAGGACAGUGCCUUUGUGCUGGCUGAUAACCUGCUGAAGACUGACAUUGUCCGUGAAAACACCGACAAUAUCCAGCUGGAAGUUGCAAGACUAAGCACAGAUGGCAAUCUGGAAGAUCUGAAGUUUCCCCAGAACACGGGCCAUGGGAGUGCCAUUCAACUUUCGGCAAAUACCUUGAAACAAAAUGGUCGGAAUGGUGAAAUCAGGGUAGCUUUCGUGCUGUACAACAACUUGGGCACCUAUCUCUCCACGGAGAAUGCUAGCAUGAAAUUAGGAACUGAAGCGAUGUCUACUAAUCACUCCGUCAUCGUCAACUCCCCUGUCAUCACGGCAGCAAUAAACAAAGAGUUCAGCAAUAAGGUUUACCUAGCUGAUCCCGUGGUCUUUACUGUCAAGCAUAUUAAGCAGUCAGAAGAAAAUUUCAAUCCAAACUGUUCAUUCUGGAGCUAUACUAAGCGUACCAUGACAGGGUAUUGGUCCACCCAAGGAUGUCGCCUCCUGACAACUAACAAGACGCACACCACAUGCUCCUGCAAUCACCUAACCAACUUUGCAGUCCUGAUGGCACAUGUGGAAGUUAAGCACAGCGAUGCAGUGCAUGACCUGCUUCUGGAUUUUAUCACUUGGGUGGGCAUCCUGCUGUCACUUGUCUGCCUCCUGAUCUGCAUCUUCACCUUCUGCUUCUUCCGUGGGCUACAGAGUGACCGCAACACAAUUCACAAGAACUUGUGCAUCAGCCUUUUUGUAGCAGAACUUCUCUUCCUCAUUGGCAUCAACCGGACUGACCAGCCGAUUGCUUGUGCUGUUUUUGCUGCCCUCCUGCACUUCUUCUUCCUGGCGGCUUUCACCUGGAUGUUCUUGGAAGGUGUGCAGCUCUACAUCAUGCUGGUGGAGGUUUUUGAGAGUGAACACUCCCGGAGGAAGUACUUCUAUUUGGUUGGCUAUGGCAUGCCUGCACUGAUCGUGGCUGUGUCAGCAGCAGUGGACUACCGGAGCUAUGGCACAGACAAAGUAUGUUGGCUCCGACUUGACACCUACUUCAUUUGGAGCUUUAUAGGACCAGCGACCUUGAUAAUUAUGCUUAAUGUAAUCUUCCUUGGGAUUGCUCUCUAUAAAAUGUUUCAUCAUACUGCCAUACUGAAACCUGAAUCUGGAUGUCUUGACAAUAUCAACUAUGAGGAUAACAGACCCUUCAUCAAGUCCUGGGUGAUAGGUGCGAUAGCCCUGCUCUGCCUAUUAGGACUGACCUGGGCAUUUGGACUCAUGUAUAUUAAUGAAAGCACAGUCAUCAUGGCGUAUCUCUUCACCAUAUUCAAUUCUCUGCAGGGAAUGUUUAUAUUCAUUUUCCAUUGUGUCCUCCAGAAAAAGGUACGUAAAGAGUACGGAAAAUGCCUGCGCACACAUUGCUGUAGUGGGAAAAGUACAGAGAGCUCUAUUGGCUCAGGAAAAACCUCGGGGUCACGGACACCUGGAAGAUAUUCCACAGGCUCACAGAGCCGGAUUCGUAGGAUGUGGAAUGACACAGUUCGAAAGCAGUCCGAGUCUUCCUUUAUUACUGGAGAUAUAAACAGUUCAGCUUCACUCAACAGAGAGCCCUACAGAGAGACAAAGGGGCUUCUGAACAAUGCCAGGGAUACAAGUGUCACGGAUACUCUACCACUGAAUGGUAAUCACGGCAACAGCUACAGCAUCGCCAGCGGCGAGUACCUCAGCAACUGCGUGCAAAUCCUCGACCGCGGGUACAACCACACUGAGAACGCCCUCGAGAAGAAGAUCCUGAAGGAACUCACCUCCAACUACAUCCCCUCCUACCUGAACAACCACGAGCGCUCCAGCGAGCAGAGCCGAAACCUGAUGAACAAACUCGUCAACAGCGUGGGCGGCGGGAGCGAGGACGACGCCAUCGUGCUGGACGACGCCACCUCCUUCACCCACGAGGAGAGCCUGGGCCUGGAGCUCAUCCACGAGGAGUCAGACGCCCCGCUGCUGCCCCCCCGUGUGUACUCGGCUGAUGGCCCCCAGCCCCAUCUCUACAGCCGGCGGCGCAUCCCACAGGACAACAGCGAGAGCUUUUUCCCCUUGCUGACCAACGAGCACACAGACGACCUCCAGUCGCCCAACAGGGAUUCUCUGUACACCAGUAUGCCCACGCUGGCCGGCAUGCCCGUGGCGGAAAGCGUUGCCGCCAGCACCCAGACCGACCCCCCGCCGGCAAAAAGCGGUGACGCGGAUGAUGUUUACUACAAGAGCAUGCCCAACCUCGGCUCCAGGAACCACGUCCAUCAGCUACACACGUACUACCAGCUAGGCCGAGGCAGCAGCGACGGCUUUAUAGUCCCGCCGAACAAAGAGGGAACCUCCCCGGACGGCAGUGCGAAAGGACCCGCUCAUUUGGUCACUAGUCUAUAGAAGGUUAAGCAAAAAUGAAGCAAACGGACACCCACAGCCCCUCCGUAACGCUCGGUUUACUGUUCUGAGUUAAUACAAGCAGUGGUAAUAUUGUGUGUACUCCUAAAUCUUCAUGCUGUUCUAAGCGAAAUGAAACUCUCAGACUUUUUUUACUGGAAUUUUUAGGCCAGCCCGGAGAGAACAGGAACUGCUGCCCCCUCCCCCCCCCCAGUUCCUCCCCAUUCUCCCUCCCUUCAGACAGACUUCAUUAUGUUAAUGAAAGAGAUAGGACAGAUAACGGCACACUUCGUGGCCUUCUCAAGUUAUGCUGUAUUUGUUUAAACGAUCCUUGAUGCUGUGUUGCUCUUAAUACUGAGGACCUGAUUUAAGAAAGAAAAAAAAAAAAAAUGCAAAGAAAAAAAAAAAGGCCAAAAAUGUGCAUUUGAAACUAGUAGCGAUGACGCAUCUAGGUGGGAGUGCUGCACAAAACAAACAAGCUAGCAAACUGUCUGUCACAAAUCCAGAUCUUGCAGCGGGGUUUGGUCGCUCACAACUCGGUUUGAUCGCAGCACCCUUCGCUGUGGGAGCAACCGAAACAAAAAUUAAUGAUACGGAAGGGAAUCCUAGAAUUAUAUGCUAAAGGCAUAUUUUAUGUUUUGCUGUAUUAACUGACGAUCAAAACUAAUGGCAGAAAAAGAGAAUCAAACAAUUUCUAUGUAAUGUACAGAUACUAGCAUUGCACAUAUAGUCUGCUUUCUGUUCCUCCAGAACUUGCGUCCCUGUUAAUGUAGUGGAAAAAAAAUAAGAACUUUUUCUGUUGUGCUGGUCUUGUAAGUUUGUCUACCAGUAGGAGCAAGGUUUUUCAUAACUCCUGUUUUUCUUUUCUUUCCUUUUGCCUCUCCCCUCUAUCCCUCCCAUCCUGGUAAAAAGUCUCACUGGGCAGAAAAACAAACACCACUUUCUAAGGACCAUUUUUAGAAACGCGAUGGCAGUUUCUUUCCAACCAAGAGAGUCUUUUCUUUCCUCAUCGUGUAUCUUUCUCAAGCCGCCAUAUGGCCGGCAGACUUUUUGCAGAAUAGAGCAGGGCAAACUUUAUGUUUACAGUGCACAACCGAUCGUAACAAGAAUCCUGUGAAGCAUCUUUGGCAAGCAGCCCCUCACCCAGGCCGUAGGUUCGCAUCUAGAAGCCAAGAGGUUUUUGUAGUCGUAGCGGGGCUUCUGCAUGAGACGGUGAUUUCCCCAUAGGAGCUAAGGGCCUUCACGGCCCCGUCCGGUCCCCGUUUAGGCACUUGUAAUGCAGUGGUUAAGAAGAAAUUUGAUUGAUGCGUAGUGAUCUAAAAAGUACUUUUGCAGUGAUUUUUAAAGAAAAAAAAAGUCUUCUGUUCAUUCUUUUGCCUAACAGGAAAUUUAUUUAUUUGACAUGAUUUCAAGUAACAUAGGCUUUCCAGAGGUAAAUUAGCAGCACGGAGUAUAAUUUCUUCUUUUUUUUCUUUUUUCUUUUAUUUUUAUUUUUAUUUUUAAUUUAUGAUCAUUUUGUAUGGUCUCAGCAGUUGAAUGACCUCAUUACUAAUAUUUGUUGUAAAAGUGAAGCUUGUUUGCCAACCAAUAAACAACUGAUCACAAUUUAGAAGACACUG